UCAUAACCUCCUCUCAGAAUCGAACCCAGAUAUCUCUUCAGAUUUCCUAAUUAAAUCAAAAACUUAAUUUCAGUAUAAUCAAAGCCCAAAAAUCUCGAUCUAUUCUCAAAAAUCUAAGAAAUUUCUAAAACUAGAAAAUCAAUUUUGUUCCAGAAAUUCAAAAUUAAUUCAUUUGAUAGCUGAUUGCUUUCGUUGAUUAUCAUCAGUAGCUAUGGAAGAAGUAUUGAAAAGGAGAAGCCACUAGCGAAGAUAAAACCAGAUGAAGUUUCUGGAAACUACGCAGAAACGAUCAAGAAGAUGAUUCUUGAAUCUAAUUUCAGUAUUCUCCGGGAGAUGACGGAUCAAUUAGAUGAAGACAUUGCUGGUCUCUUUUAUGCCGAUCAUUCUAAAUAUAUGACAAGUGGUCCAGUGGUUGUUAUGGUUUUGGAAAAAGAGGAUGUCGUUGUUGAUUGACGGGGGUUGAUUGGACCGACAAAUGCAAGUAAAGCGAAGGUCCUCCAAUCAUGGGUGUUCUCAUGCAAUUCCCGAUUUCACCUAUACAUAGUCCCGAAAGUUUGAGCUCUCUGACAUUGCUGGUCGCGUUGUUGAAUUCAGGCAGGCUCCUUAGCAACGAGGAUUUAACAGCACCAGCUCUCGCUCUUUUACUAGUAUUUCGUACCGAGGCAUCUUAUUCGAGUUUUGAAGAAGGGAGGAAGGCUUGUACUAAAGUCAUUGCUGGGACAAGUGAGUUUGCGCGACAAGUCGUUUCCAGUAUUGGUAUGAGUGACGAUGAUACAAAUACAACCAUAAAGCAUUGAUGAGAUUUUGUAAAAGAUCUGCAACAUCUGCUUGACGAGGAUGAUCUGGAUGUCAUUUUUGGUGCACCUCAUAGACCUUGUUGCAUGAACAAAAAGGUGAAAGAAAGAAGAAGAAGAAUAAGUAGAAAAAGAAGUGAAAUAGAGGUAUAAAUGCUAAGCUUUAACCCUUGCAACAACAUUAGUCUCUUCUCGCCCAUUCUCAUUGUACAAAGCUGUGGCCUGUGGGUGGGGACCGUGGGGUAUGAUAGGCGAGGGAUAUACUUUUAAAUUCGUAAACAAUUAUAUUUAUUAUGCCACAUCACUGACCAUCUUAAUAAUUUCAUGGCAGCAAAUAUUGUUACCCUUUUUUAUUAUUACUGUAUCUGUUAUUACGUUUCUUCAACCCAAAAAACCAGUUCAGUUUGAGUUUGAGACUCCGUGACGGUGGGUGGUUUCCAAUUUGAAAAAGCAAAAAUCAACCGAUCCUAGAGUUCAAUCUGAUCUGUUCACGUUUCUUUUAUCAGGUCCUUAGAUUUUCUUCUAUGUUUUUUUCCCCAUUGAAAUAACAUCGUUGGAGCAUUAGCUUUAUACACAAAAUGACUCUUCAUACAUGGCUGCCUGCAAUGCUGAUCAACAUAGAAGUCAGUUUAUUCAGCAGAAGUUAGAAAACUGUGGUACAUAAGAAAAGGCAUCAGUUUUUCAAGAAGUUCUUCCCCAUGCUUCUAAACUAAUGACCGAUGUGUUUGGAAAUUACGUUAUUCAAAAGUUUUUUGAGCAUGUAAGUGCUGAGCAGAGAAAGCAACUUCCAAAGCAAGUUGUUGGCCACAUUUUUCCUUUAAGUCUUCAGAUGUAUGGAUGUCGUGUAAUCCAAAAGGCACUUGAAGUUAUUAAGCUUGAUCAAAAAACACAGCUUUUCGGUAUGUUUGCCUUUUAUAGGAAGAUGCUGAACUUAUGUCCAAGUUGGGGUUUGGUGCUUACCGCUUUUCGUUAUCAUGGUCUCGUAUUUUUCCUGAUGGUUUGGGAACGAAAGUCAAUGAGGAAGGAAUUCCCUACUACAAUAAUAUCAUCAAUGCUCUGCUUGAUAAAGGUUUGCAGCCAUACUUAACAUUAUAUUAUUGGGAUCUACCUAACCAUCUUCAAGAGUCAUUGGGAGGGUGGUUUUCCGACAAAAUUGUGCAAGUUUGACAAUAAAUCUUAUUGCUGCGUUGUAUAUCACAUUCGGUGUAGCUUGUCAACUAAUGAGUGGAUGCCAUACUUUAUUUGAAAUAAAAUCGCAAUUAUAGUCACGUAUAGGCUUAGUGCAUUCAAAAUUGAGGCUAAAACCAACUUGUCUGAUAUCCAUGUGCAGCGUAAUAGGUGGAUCUUUAAUUAUUGCUGGACUGGAUACGAUAACUUGAGCAUCUUAAAGAGAGAGAUAGGAAGCCAUUGCGCUAAUCAGUCAUGUGAAUCGGGACGUAGAACCUCUUCUCCACAGAGAUUUACCGCUGAACAAUGGUUCGUACUAGAAUAAUGGUGCUAAUAGAGGUAAGAACUGUCGGUGGGUUGGUAAGGUCAUGUUAGUUCGUGUCAUGUCGAACUUCAUAUUCUAAUGUCAGUGGUUGUGUAUAGAAUUCCCAUGGUUUAUUACCAGAACAACUAUAUGUUCAUAUGGAAAAUUUGGUCU